AAACGAAAAAGUUUUAAAAUUGAAACAAAGUCUAUUCACCCCCCCCCCUCUAGACUUUGUAUCUCACCACUUUGGGACCACCAAUUGGUAUCAAAGCAAACUUCUCACUAUCUACGUUUAGAUUAAAGAGAAGCGAUCAUAAUGGUGAACAAUAUGGAUCACGGUUUGCCCAAGUUUUCUCUUCUAGGUUAUGAUGAUUGGAAGAUCAUGAUGGAAGCACACCUUUACGCCAUACAUGAUUGCAUGUGGAUGGUGCUUGAGGAUGGACCCUUGAAAAUCCAAAUGGAGAACCCUGAGAGGAAUCCAGCCAAUCUUGAUGUUGUCCUGUACAUUCCAAAGCCCAAGGAGAAAUGGGAUGAUAGAGAUUACAAGAAGCACAAUCUGGACAAUGUCGCCAAAUCAGCCAUCUUCAAGACACUUGAUCCCAUCACUUUCUCCAAGAUCAAGCAUCUCAAGACUGCCAUGGAGAUUUUGCAAGGUCUUGGUAAGCUGUGUGAGGGAUCGGAGGACCUGGGAAAGCAGAAGAUAGAAGUCCUGCUUGAAAAGUUCAAAAGCUUCAAAAUGCUUCCCGGAGAAUCAUUUGAUAUGUUGGAUGAAAGAUUCCACAAAAUCUUAAAUGAUCUUGCAUCACUUAACCAUAUUCUUUCUCCCAAAGAAAAGAAUGUAAGGUUACUAAGAUCUCUUCCAACUGAGUGGUACACCAAAUCCACAGCCAUGGAAGAAGGAAGAAACCUGGAAAACUACACUGUCCAAGGUCUCCUUGAUGAGCUCAGAAUCUAUGAGCAUGAGCUGAUAAAGAAGAAGGAAGAACAAGUCACUCCCUUCCCCACGGCAUUGAUGACAACUCCCAGAGUCCCACCGAGUGAAGGGACAUGUCCAAGGAACUGUGACACACCUCCCUCCAGCCAACCGUCAAGCUCAAAAAUGGAGAACUAUGAUGAGGAAUUUGCCAUGAUGGUCAAACAAUUCCAGAAGUUCAAGAAGAAACUUGGUCAUUGGAAGUCAGCGUGCCCAUACCCAAAGGUGGAGAGGUACGGAGAAAGAGAAAGGAACAAAAAGAAGAAGAAAGCAAUGGUUGCAGCUGAAAGUGACGAGUCAUCCAGCUCAAGCUCGGAUGAAAAAGCCCUUGUCUGCAUGGAGCGCAGAGCUGAGAAGUCCAACCAUGAGGAUCAGUGGACUAUGUCAGAAGAUGACACCCUCUGCCUAAUGGCCAAAGAUGAUGUUGAUCAAGAGGUGAAAUCCCUCAACAAGGAGCUUGGGAUACAUAAGUCCAAAGAAGCAGUGGAUAAGCUUCUUGAAGCGACCAAACAAAAGGGUCGUGAAGGACUUGGGUUUGACCCCUCCAGUUCCAAAAGGAAAGGGAGAACAACUUUCAUCCCUCCUAAACCUACUGCCAAAUGCAGUAAGCAGAAAGGAAAGGAAAAGGAGAAACCCACAGAAGUUCCCAAAAAGGAAGCCGCUAAGUACCCAGGUGUCUGGUACUUAGACAGUGGCUGUUCAAGACACAUGACAGGUGAUGCGAGCCUCUUGAGCAAUCUAAUUCCCUAUGAUGGUCCAAGAGUUACUUUUGGAGGAAGCAAUGAUUUCGGCCUUACUAAAGGGCUAGGAAAUCUGGUGUACAAGGGACUAACCAUCCAAGCUGUAUCUUAUGUUGAAGGUCUUAAUUAUAACCUUCUUAGCAUAAGUCGGUUUUGUGAUAAAGGUUACUCCUUGGAAUUCUGCAAGGACAUGGCCUCUCUCAAGAACAUCUCCACAAAUGAAGUCAUUCUCAUUGGGAAGAGAAUCAGAAACAUCUAUGAAGUAAUGUGGGAUGAUGUCAAGGAAGCUUGCCUAAUUAGAAAAGACAAGGAUGAAGAAAUCAAUGAAGGAGAUAGAAUGAAGCAUACGGAGUUCAUUCCAUUCGGAAGUCUACCACUGAAGACUUCACAAAAAAAUCUGGAUUCUGACGGUGCUGAGCCUACUAGAAAUCAUGGCCAGUCUCCCAUUAUUUUGGAUCACUCAAACAGCGACAAUUCCGGAAAAGGCGACUCAGUGCCAAUCCAUCCGGAAUCACCAACAAACUCUGUUCUUCAACCAGAAGCUGAACUAGAUCAACCAGUCAACCCUAAUCAACACAAUCUUCAUUGGUUAAAGGAUCAUCCUCCUCAACAAGUCAUUGGAGAUAUUCAAUCUAGCAAGUUGGAAGCCAAGUGCUCUUCACCAACGUUCUAUCAAUCCUAUCUGGAGAUGAUUGCUGCUCAAGAGCUCUCUGAAUUCCUUCAUUUGGAGAUUCGAUUCAAGUAUGAGAAUGAAGUUCUUGAAUUCUACAAGAAUGGAAAGAAUAUUAUUGGAAUUUCUGGGCAAGUUCCCUCUAGCCCAGCGAAGAAAGCUGAUCUGAACAACGACUACAAGCUAGUCCUUGAACUGGUCAUCGCAUGCCUCGAGUGUGGAAGUGGAGGACAUGCCGAUGACAUCACCCAAGAGAGGGGCUUCAUAAUCAAUGCCCUCAUUACCAAGUCUAAGGUAAAUUGGGCUGCACAUUUCUUCAAUUCCAUCUCAAAGCAUCUAGGAAAACCCAAGCAGAAAUACCUUUGUCAAGGUCUGUAUAUUGGACAUAUUUUGGAGUCCAUGGGUGCUGCUUCUGAAGGAAAGAAGUAUGAAGCCAGAUAUUGGCUAUACUAUCUGUCUUCCAAAGGGGAACACAUAGCUGGUGCUAGCACAACUGCAGAGGAUGAAGCCUCUUCAGACAAUAUUCCCAUCAUAAGCCUGAAGAAAAUAGCCAAGAGGAAACAUGUGGUGUCUCACUCUCCUAGUGUGGAAGCACCACAGAAUCUUGCUCUGGUCAAUAUGGAAAAAGAAGAAGAAGUUACUGCCCAAGAAGAGCCUCAAAGGAAGAAGAAGAGAAAAAUCACAUCUCUCUCAACUUCUAGAAAUGUCAACCCGGAUGAGUUGAAGGAGAAGGUACCAGUUGAGGAAAACUCUGCCCACAACCAGAGCCCUCGACAACUUGAAGAAGAAGUUCAUCAAGUCCAUAGUCUUCCAACCGCCUCACCUCAACCUCAAACAGAUGAUGCUGAUAACCAAUUCUGGCAGCUCUACUAUGACUGGAGAGCUUGGAGGUUGGAAAUUCAGCAGAGCAGUUGUUGGGAUGGGAUCAACAAUUGAAGAAUGAAAAGAUCAUCAAGAAGUGCUUGGGACUGCCAGUCAACCACAGCUGUGAACAAAUCUUGGAUGAUGACUAGGUAUGGCAAAGGAACUAUGAAGACUUGCAUCUGGAACACUUGGCCACCACACCAGUUUCAGAGUUUGAAGUGGAUGAUGAAGAUCCUUCAGUCUACAAGCCGAUCUUGUAACGCCCCAAAACAUACCCUAGAAUUAUUAAUGAAUAAGUAUUCAAUUA